AAAAGUUGAAAGCACACGAGUGGAAGAUUCAGCGUAACCCAGUACGCCGUGGCGUGUGUAUGUGGAUUCGGGAGAAGUGGUGUACACAUUUUGUGUUGGUGUCUUUUUUUUAGUGUUAUUAUUUAAAUGGAGAUAAUGUCAACGGCUAUGGUGUCAGCAUUCUACGAGUACGGAGAUAGUGUGUACAAGAGUCGAAGUAAUAGUGCAGUUACGAAUAGUCGGAAUAUGGGUUCUCCCGUGGCCAUACAGAGUUUACGUCGCACCACCAGUUCCAGCCCAUCCAGUAAGAGUGAAGCCAAACAGUCUACGAAUGCCAGUAUGAUGUGCAACUCUCCAACGAGGGAACAACAUCGCAAGUUAGAUCGAAGUCUCAGUGAACCGGUGGAACGUGCCAGGCAAUCAGCAUCUGGUUCGAAUCAAGCGAAUUCGAGUCGAUACAAGACCGAAUUGUGCCGUCCAUACGAAGAAAACGGUACGUGCAAAUACGGAGAAAAGUGCCAGUUCGCUCACGGUAUAAACGAAUUGCGCACUCUCGUCCGUCACCCUAAGUACAAAACCGAAUUGUGUCGGACUUUCCACAGCACCGGAUUUUGUCCCUAUGGUCCCAGAUGCCAUUUUAUCCACAACAGUGAAGAAACCAAGAAGCAUUUGCUCACGCAUCUCCAAGUAACGGGAAUGCAAUCGAUCCGGUCGACCGGCAGCGAAAACACAGUCAGUCUGCCUCAGCAGGCGACCCAAACACAACCAUCCAGACCAAAAGCCCUGUCUAUCGGGAGUUUCAGUCUGGGAUCAACGGGAGAUCUUUCUCCGCCGUCCAGUCUCAGUGGGAGUCCCACAUCUCCCAACAGUUUCUUCGUAGACGAGCCCUUCGCUGUCUUUUCACCCAGUUCCACUCCCACACCUAAAAGUGUGGGAUUUGCUCCAAUCCAACCUGACUAUAUCAAAACAAAUGGCCAGUACGGGAAUUACAGUGCCUUCUCCAACGACCUGGUUCUGGACUUAUAUCGAGACCAACUAGUAGGAUACUCUAUGGAACCUUCACCGCCAUCUCCAGUCGAAUCCUUAGGUUCUGAACUCGAGUCUCUCAGUCUGGGUGGAAGUCCUGUGCCAGCAACAUGUAGUUCGCCGUUGGAUGCAACUCGCGGUUUGCCACGUCUGCCUAUAUUCAGUCGACUGGCUAACUGCGAUUCGGAUUAGACGUUCGACUAAUUCGAAGGCUUCCGAUCUAUACAGGUCGGUGUACAGUGUUUAAUUAUAUUGUAACGAAGGGACCAAUUUGAUUUUUGCCAAAUUUGCAACUAUUGUGAUUUUACAAAGAUGGCGUCGUUCUGUACGAAAUGAGCUUUUUUUUUUCAUUCGAAAAAGAUCCACUUAAUUUAUUUCUCUCUCGUAAAGAUUCUUUUUUUUCGAACGGGAGUACAAUUAUAUUAAUUGGAGUUUUUAGCAUUUCUUUUUAAUUCUAUUGGAAUUUUUCUACUUUCUAACUCCACAAAUAGUUCCCUCCAAAUAUAAAACGCGCAAUAGUUUUGGUAUUUUUAGGAUUUAGCUUAACAGAAAUCUUUACCAUCUCCCUCUUAAUCAAAUCUUUUCUUAUUCAGUUAUGGGCAUGAUAGGUUUUUUAAUACCUUCAAAGAAAGCAUUAAUGAGAAAAAUCAGUCCUACGUAUUCCCAUAUUUAAAUAUUAAGUUAUUUAUUAUAAACUAUGCCUUAGGUAAUUAUUAUUAUUAUUAUUAUUAUUAUUAUGUAAAUCUU